UCGAUUUUGGGAAAACAUCAUUGAAAAGUUUAGAGGCUAAUAAACAAAAAGAUGUCAGACCUCCAAAGACAAGCAAUAAAACACCGAAUAGGAGGUGGUUUACCACCGAUGCCACCACCUGGUGUUGGGGGUGGAAAAAAGAAACCAAUUGGCCGUAGAAGAGACUAUACGCCAGUUUAUUGGGAUAACUAUUUUGAAAAAGAGUUGAAUGUCCAAGUUGGUGAAAAUGUGUUCCGCGUGUAUGAAUGUGGAACAGAGGGCCCUGUUUUAUUAUUUCUUCAUGGCGGAGGAUUUUCUGCCCUUUCCUGGGCAGCUCUUUGUGGCUCAUUGUCAAAGCUAAUUGCUUGUAGAUGUACCGCAGUUGAUUUGAGAGGUCAUGGUGAUAGUGUGACCACAGAUGAAACUACAUUGUCAGCUGACGUGUUGUCAAGUGAUGUUGGUGACAUUGUAAAAGAGUUGUACGGAGAAAAUGCACCACCUGUUAUACUUAUUGGACAUAGUAUGGGAGGUGCUAUAGCAGUGCAUACAGGGGUAAGAGGUUUGAUCCCAUCACUUGCUGGCCUGGUUGUUAUAGAUGUGGUGGAGGGCACAGCUUUGGAAGCUCUGUCUAGCAUGCAGAAUUUCCUCAGAGGGAGACCAAAAGUUUUCAAAUCUUUGGAACAGGCUAUAGAAUGGUGUGUAAGAAGUGGUCAAGUAAGAAAUGUAGAUUCUGCAAGAGUAUCCAUGGUGGGUCAAGUCAAAAGAGUAGAUACAAAUGAGACGGCCUCGUCAGAGCUAGAGCAUCAACAUGAAGACCAUAUCAUACAUAAUGCAAGUGAAACUAUAGCUGAAGAGGAGGAAGAAGGCGGAGAAUCUACGGGUCAAAGUUCAUCAACAGCCAAUCAAUGUUCAACACAGCAGAAAAGUGACAACGAAUUUAAAAAACCUGAAACCCCAGAAAUACAGUACACAUGGAGGAUAGACCUUGGUAGAACAGAACCGUAUUGGAGAGGCUGGUUUGAAGGGUUAUCAAAUAAGUUUUUGUCUGUUGAAGUCCCAAAAUUACUUUUAUUAGCAGGUGUGGACAGACUUGAUAAAGAUUUAACUAUAGGUCAAAUGCAAGGUAAAUUUCAAAUGCAGGUUUUACCUAAAAGUGGUCAUGCUGUGCAUGAAGAUGUCCCUGAACAGGUCGCGGAAGUAUUAGCUACAUUUCUUGUCAGAAACAAAAUGGCCAUGCCCACAGCUCAUUUUCAACCGACUUUCCCGGCUUGCUGAUACAAUAAUUAUUUAUGCUAAAGUGAGAUAUAAACAGUUAUAUCAGUUAUACGAUGAAUAGGAUUAGAAUCAUCCUUAUGUUUAUGAUUAUACAGAUCAUUAUAGAAGCCUGUGAAUGGUCAAGUUUCAAGGAUAGUUAUUAAAAGUGGCAAUAACUGGCAUCAGGUUGCCGGAAUGAAUUGUUUAAAUAACUUUUAGCAACUAUUGUAACUUUAUCUCUUAUCCCAGAUUUUAGGAGAAUAGUAUGUAGAAAGUUGUAUUAUGAGAUAUAAGAUUUCCUUCUGUGCCACAUCUCUUUGUAAGUGACAGUGAUCUAUUUUGACAUGUUACAAAGAAUUGUUUCCUGUUUCUGUCUCUUUUAGACCAGAAGUAAAUGUGCAUAUAUGCCAGUCAGUGCAAGGAUUGUAUAGCAGCAUAAGUGCUUUUUAGAAUAAAUUGUUCUAUAUACAUGUAUCUAUGUGAAAUUAUGUCAGUAUUUUAGAAUGAAACAAUCAUGUGCUGUUUCAUUUAUCACAGUUAUUUACUUAGUUAUGAUUUUUGAUAUCUAUACUUUUGCCAAUUGAUAUGCACACAUGUAUUUAUCACUAUUGAUCACUUAAUAUUUUUUAAUGCUUCUCGAAUGUUU